AUGAUUAUUACUUGGACAAAGUUAAGUGUUUUAUUAUUUGGAUUAUGUUAUGUUCGCUAUAAUCCAAAUCAUCAAUGGUCAAGUACUAUUAAAAUAUUACUUAUUUCUAUUAUAGUUUCACUUAGUUAUGCUGUCACUCAGGGCAUAUUUGAAUUUCAUCAUAGUGCAAGACCAAGCGGUUUUAUACCGACGUACAACUUGUAUGCUUAUGUUCGACGAUCUUUUUAUUACUAUUGUUUGGUAUUAGCAUUUGUUAAUUUAAUUCAAGUAAUUGGUACUGUUUUGAAUUUUAGUAAAAAUUUUAGUUAUGGUAUGUGUAUUGUCGAUGCAACAACAAUUUUGUAUUUUGUUUUACUCGGUCCAUUUGUCUACUUACAAUUUUUACGUCGAUCAUUACAAACAAAGAUGAAAGUACCACAAGUGACCUAUGCUGGCGGAGAUUCUAUCGAAGAUGAGGAACAUGAUGAUCUUGACUAUUAUAGUGGAAUUAAUGAUAGUAGUUUACCAGUAUCCUCGUUCUAUAAUCAAAUACAAUCAAAUAAAAGAUAUUUUGGUUCAACUCAAAGUACAACUGUUGAUUUUUCAUACAAUGAUGAUGAUGUACCCUAUCCAACAAUACCAUCGUCAAUUAAUAAUUCGGUGAUUGUAUAA